AUGAUUUUCUCGUUUCAAAUAAGCGUCAAGUCAAGUAAACAAAAUUCCUCCAUAGGGAAUCUUUUCCUAGUCGAUGGAGUCCAAGCGUUAUUUAACAACAUCGAGUGGGGUCAAUUCCUCCAUAACCGCGCCGCCACCUAUGUUGAACCCACCUUGGAAUUUCUUACCACUUUCAAUCCCGAGGAGGAAGCCCAAACCGUCACCUUCCAAAUCCUCGGCAAGAAACGAUCUCUACCACAUCGGGUCGUGAAUGCUUUGAUGGGUGCUCCAGUGGACAACCUAUAUUACCAACAAGACCCAUGGCCCGGAAACUUCAAUGAACAUUACUUUUGA